AUGGCCUUGGCUAGGAUGAUAAUUGUUGAUAAACUACCUUUUAGGUUUGUUGAGCAUGGCGGGUUCAUUGAUUUUAUGACAGAGAUAAAGCCUAGGUUUGAAGUUCCCUCUUGUGUUACUGUUGCAAGGGAUUGUCUUAGUCUUUACAUUAGGGAGAAGGAGAGUUUGAGAAAGGUUUCAAUGGCUGGUCAAAGAGUGUGUUUGACAACUGAUACUUGGACUUCAAUCCAAAACCUUAAUUACCUUUGUUUAACUGCACAUUAUAUUGAUGUUGAUUGGGUUUAUCAUAAAAAGAUUUUGAAUUUGUGCCAACUACCUGAUCAUAAGGGUGAGACCAUUGAUGGGCUAAAAGACCUUAAUGAGUCAAUCGUUAAGGUUUGUUAUGUAGUGAGGUGGAAUUCAACUUACUUAAUGUUAGAAAGUGCACAAAAGUUUGUGGCUACAUUUGAAAGGAUGGAGGAUGAUGAUGGAAAUUUCCUUCGUUAUUUUGAGGAUCCAACUAGUGGUCCCCCUCGGUUUUUAGAUUGGGAAAAUGUAAGACUUUUUACAAAGUUUCUUGGUAUGUUCUAUGAGGCAACUUUAAGAUUUUCUGGUUCUUUGUUUGUGACUACUAAUGUGUAUUUCCAUGAGCUUGUUAGUCUUCAAGACCAAUUAAAUCAAUUGCGUAAUGGUAGGGGUGAUCCUUUGUUAAAGGGUAUGGCACAAAAGAAUGAAAUUAGACAAUGGUAUCACAAGGAGAAGGCUAAUGAGUUAGGAUUGAGAGUUAGGGAUGCUUUGAAUAGGUUGUACAAGCACUAUAGUGGAGCAAUGGGGACCCCAUGUGGUGCUAGUGUCAGCGGGACUAGUGAGUCUGGUGGUAGUGAUGUUGCUGCCAUAUCCUCCAUUCUAAGUGGCUUUAGUAGUGCAAAAGAGAGGAUGAAGAGGUAUAAUAACAUAUACAAACAACACUUAGCAGAUGAGGAUAGUGUAGAAUGCAAAUUUGAAUUGGAUAGAUACUUGUUAGAAGCUAGUGUAGAUUCAGAGACAGAAGGCUUUGAUAUUCUUGAUUGGUUGUGGGUGAAUUUUUCAAGAUAUAGGAUCCUUUCUCAAGUUUCCUGUAAUGUUUUGACAAUUCCAGUCUCAACCGUUGCAUCAUUAGCACAGGGGAUCACGCUUUGGAUCCUUUCUGCAGCUCAUUAUCUCACAAUACGGUUGGAGCUUUGA